UUCUCUCCUCCACCGAGUUCUGAGAUUGUUAGCUUUUGCUUUGUUCUUCCAGCGUUUCCUCCCUUGUGUUGAUAUGCCUUGAUGACCUUGCUUCUGUUUUUACUUUGAACGCAUUUUACACAUACCCUACAUACAUUCCAUCCAUAUUGUCAAUACCUCUCUGAGACAUCUUGACAAUCCAUUCACGAAGACAUCAUGCCGUCCCCAGACAAGGACGCCCCCCGUGACCGGGAAUUGGUCCGGCAUACAAUGACAUAUUCUGAGCCGAAAGUUCCAAUGUGGGACAGUUCGGAUCCCGAGCGUGCGCCUCCGCCGCUACCAAUGAAUCCUCGGUCGAUGAGCCCAAUGAGCCCUGCAACGAGGUCCAAUGUUUCCCCAAACAUUCAAGCAGUGGCCGCAAAAUUUACAGAGAGACCCAGCGAACAUGCACCUAGCUCUUACACAACGAAUCCCAUGCCACUCAAGUCUUCCUCUCCAGAGAGGUCGCUGGUCAAAGGUCAGCACCACAAGCGCAUGCAGUCACUACAGCCUGAAGAUACCCGACAAGAUGCGCGCAGCGACUUUUUGAAUUACCUUGAGAACAGGUCCCCAGAGCGCCCUCUUCGUGCGACGAUUAUUGAGGCGGCCAAGCCGCGCGACCCUACCAAGUCUAUCGGUUCGCCAGCGCUCCGUCAAGACGCGGAUCGGGAGAUGAACUAUUCCGUAUCGAGUCGCUACUUAUCCAAGCCAAUAUUGGGAGAAAGUACUCCGCCGUCAGCUACAAUGUUAGCCCUGCAAAACAUGCAGCUACCUUUAGAACCUGACCCUCCAUCACCUUCCAAACCGCCAAAAUUGAUUGCUGCGCCCGUUGAGCCGCAACCUCAUCCCACGAAGAAUACGAGCAUGGAUUCCCUCUCAAUUCAAAUCCACAGUCUCACGGACAUUGCGAGCAGCUUGCAGCGUGAGAUGAUGAAUCUGAGCCGACGCAGCAAAGACAAUGCCACCGACCUGGUUAGCCUCAAGGCGGCAACCAACGCACGCGAUGAAGACAUUCGCAAGAGCCUCAAGGAUCUGUCUUCUCAUCUUACGACCAAGUAUCUGGACACUGAUGCUACAAGGUUUGAUUUCAGCAAUCUUUUCAAGGGUGGUGAUGGGCCUAACCCCAAGGAUCCGGAUAGUCCCGUUUCGAAGAGGAGCUACUCCGUGCCUCGCAUGCCCAGCCCCAAUCCAUUCGCGUUUGAUCGAGACUCUUGCGUCUCCCCUGCCCCGAUUUCCGACGGCUCCGCAGCGCUCGCUUUGCUCGAAAAGGUAUUGCGUGAGAUGGCAACUAAGGAAGGUGAGGAAAGACUCUUGGAGCUUGUUGAAGAAAUCAAAUCUCGACCCGCAGGUACCGCUUCGGAUAAAGACGCCGACAACAAGGUCACUGUCAUGCUGGAAGAGAUCCUCAACCUCGUCAAAGAGGAUCCCGCGAGCAAAGCCCUCGUUCGGUCUUAUGGCAUGCCCGCCAAUAUUGAUAAUAACGAAUCCGUGAAUGCCUCCCAUGAGCCGACACGAUCUGGGUCAAUGGGAUCCAUGGAUCCUGAAACUGUACGUGCAUUAGAUCUUUCCAACUCUGACAAGGGAGAUGGUUCUUCACCCGAUUCCGAUGAAGUUUUGGCAAUUCUUAGAAGUGUCAAGAAUAGCGUCGUUGAGGGAGGUGGAAUGACCAACGGUGUAAAGUCCUUGGUGCGCGAACUACGAGGUGAGGUGCUGGGCAUGGGUCGAGAACUCGGCCGGCGAUUAGACGAGAUCGAGAAUUCCCGUGCCAAUGAUGAGCAUGAGGAGCGGCCCAGAGCUGCCGGCCCAGAAGAAAUCUCCGCCAUCGUCAACCGCAGCCUGGAUGACCUCAAAGAGCAGCUGGCUGCUACUAUCAAUGAGAGUCGGCAGCAAUCGUCCGACUUGUCCGAGUUCCGGUCAACCAUGAACAGUGCCGCAAUCUACUCUGUUGUGAAAAAAGCUCUUGACGAGCUUGAAUUUCCUCAGCCUCAAGCCGAGUCGCGAGGUGCCGAAAUGGACAGAGAAGAUAUCCUCGAGACUGUUCGUGAAGCUUGGGAGACCUACAAGCCCGAAAUCGAGUUCAACAACUUUGGCUUGGAGCGGGACGAGAUCCUCACAUGCCUUGAAGAAGGGCUCAAGUCUUACCAGCCCCAGCACGAACAGGCAGUCACCUACGACCAGGUACUCGCAGCCGUCGAGGACGGCAUGCAGAAAUUCAUUCCUCCUCAAAUCGAACAUGAGCCAAGCAUAUCUCGGGACGAGAUUAUCUUGACCAUCCGCGAAUGUUUGGAGAAGCAGCCCGAACCUGCCUCCAGAUCCCUUGACGAUGAACACGUCGGCCACCUGCACUCAAUGCGUGACGAGAUUCUCGACGCUGUUUCAAAGGCCAUGGCCAGUCAUAACGAAGGUUCAAGGUCUCUGGGCGAGGAAGAAGUCAAUCACCUCUAUUCGAUCCGUGAUGAAAUUCUCGAUGCGGUCACUGGGACGAUGGCAGCCAACAAUACGCAACCCAAGUCUUUGGACGAGGAACACAUCAACCACCUCUACUCUGUUCGCGAUGAGAUCAUUGAAGCCGUCACUGGGGCAGUGACAAGCCAUGCCGCAGGUUCCAAAUCUGUGGACGAAGACCACGCCAGUCAUCUGACUUCCCUCCGCGACGACAUCCUUCAAGCAGUUGCUGGAGCGAUGGAGAAGAACAGUACAGGCUCAAAGGAGGUGGACGAAGAUCAUGUCCAGCACAUGUACUCCAUUCGUGAUGAGAUUCUGGAAGCGAUUACUGGAAGGAUGGCAAUCACCAGCACAGGGCCUAAGACUUUGGAUGAGGAACACGUCAAUCACCUUUACUCUAUCCGCGACGAAAUCAUUGAAGCUGUCACGGGAACAAUGGCAACCCACAGCACUUCCAGGUCUUUGGAUGAGGACAACGUUGGCCAACUAAAUUCUAUCCGGGACGAGAUCCUCGGCGCAUUGGCCGGAUCCAUGGCACAAAGCACACUGAGCAAAGAUUCAUACGACUCUGGUCUUGGCCGUGAUGAGAUUGUCAGUGCUGUCUCCGAUGGUCUCGAAGCCCACUUCACUGCAGCCAAAGAGAUGGAUGAGCCACGGAUUUCCCGCCAUGAUGUUAUGAAUGCUGUUAAUGAGGCAUUUGAUGCUCAACAUUCAGCUCUUGCUAUUGCUCACACGAACAUCUCUCGCGAUGAAAUCUUGCAUGCCAUUGCUGAGGGAAUUGAAAGUUCAAUGAACGCGCAGCAGUCAGCCCUCAGUACCAACAUUCAGCAGACCGUCUCUCGCGAGGAGAUUUUCAGCGCCAUCGUAGACGCUAUCGAGCACUCGCAGACUUCCCUGGGCAAUAAUGGGGAACCUAGUAUUUCUCGAGACGAGAUCCUCGGUGCCAUUUUGGAGGGCAUGCAGGACUCAUCAAACCGCCAAGAGCCCAAUAUCUCCAGAGAUGAGAUCUUGAACGCCAUUGCUGACGGAAUUGAGAACUCAAAUAACUCUUCUUCACGUGCUCUCACAUCGCCUGAGCAAGAGGCUCAGGAUCAGCACUCCUCUCUCUCUCGGGAGGAGAUUUUCAAUGCAAUUGUCGAGGGCAUUGAGCACUCACAUGCUUCGCUCGGCAUAAAUGGCCAGCCUAGUGUUUCCAAGGAGGAUAUCAUGAAUGCUAUUGCUGAGGGUAUUGAAGCUUCGACAAGCAGCCAGCGGUCAGCGCUCAUCACCACCGUCCAAGAGCCGUCCAUUUCACGCGAGGAGAUCCUGACUGCCAUUGCAGAAGGAAUUCAAAGUGGUAACUCGAUCACCCGGGAGAUUGAGCUGAAUCAGGACGACCUAAUGGAGGCAAUCACCUCCGGUCUCAAUGAGGCCAUCAGUACCGCGAAUACGAAUGUUGGCGGGGAGAUGACGGAACGCCUCCAGACUUUAUUCGAAGGCAUGAAAGAGGAAUUCAAGCAGUACUCUGCCGCCGGUGGAAGAGACACCGAGCAAGUCCUCGACGCAAUUAAGGAUGGCCUUGAUAUCGUUCGCAAGGAGAUUGAAACUUAUGUGAUUACCGCUGCCGAUCUUUCCGGCAAGGACGAAGUAAUUGACACGGUCAAAGAAGGCUUCCGACUCCUUCAAGCCGAUAUGGAGAAGACUAUUACGGAUACUUCUCUUUUGAAUGCGUCACGAGGAAUUCCUGAUACACCUGAGCUUCUAGAUGCCAUGGAAAAAGAAUUCGAGCAUUUAAGGGGAACAAUCACCACUCUUCUUCUCCGUAAUAAUGCCACCGAAGACAAAGAUGAGAUCUUGGAUGCUAUUCGAGAGGCUGCUGAUCGCCACAAGAAUGACUCAGGCGAUGACGUUGUCAACACCAUCAAGAAUGAAUUCGAGAGUCUUCGCGAGCGUAUGGAGAUGAGUGUGGUCCGUGCAGAGCCUGGUUCUGAGAAAGACGAAAUCAUUUCGGCACUUCGUGAGCAUUUCGAUAUACUGCGUGAAGAGACCUCGCGUAGAGAUAGUACCGAAAACGAUGUUGUCAACACCAUCAAGAAUGAAUUCGAGAGUCUUCGCGAGCGUAUGGAGAUGAGUGUGGUUCGUGCAGAGCCUGGUUCUGAGAAAGACGAAAUCAUUUCGGCACUCCGUGAGCAUUUCGACAUACUGCGUGAAGAGACCUCGCGUAGAGAUGGUACCGAAAACGAUGUUGUCAACACCGUCAAGAAUGAAUUCGAGAGUCUUCGCGAGCGUAUGGAGAUGAGUGUGGUUCGUGCCGAGCCUGGUGCUGAGAAAGACGAAAUCAUUUCCGUACUCCGUGAGCAUUUCGACAUACUGCGUGAAGAAACCUCGCGUAGAGAUGGUAACGAAAGCACGUUGUCUGCGACAAAUGAGCUCCUCGAUGCAUUCACAAAUGGUGUUGACUCGAUCCGUGAGGACCUGAAGAAAUUACUGGAGAAGCCAACUGAGUUCGACAGCUCCGAGAUUCUGGACACCAUCAAAGAUGGUCUUGUGGACUUGAAGCUUGAAAUGGAUUCCCUCCGCGAAUCUAGCAAAGAACUGGAUGACGCCAGUACAGCCCGCGGCGGUGAACUCAUGCUGGCAAACGAGCCUAGCAUCGGACCUGACAUUGACGGUCUGAAAGUGCUCAUAACUCAGCUUCAUGACAAGGUCGAGGCCAUUGAAACUACCCCUCGUGUUGCAGAGCCUGACGAGGAUUCCCUCAAGCGCUCACACCUUGAUGAAGUCCUUCUUGCACUUCACGAAGUCCAGCUCGCCAUGGGUGAGAUGAGUGCUCAACAAAGUGCCGAGAACGACAGCCCCGCUCGAAAGGAAGACACUGAGAUUCUCGAGCAGCUACUCUUGAGUACUAAGACCCAGAUCGAUGAGCUUGUCUUCCCUUCCCCGGACCAGGUUGCCACUCCUGAGCAUAUUGGCGCCCUAGAGACCAUGAUCCGAGAGGCCAAGGAUUCGAUUGCCGAGUUUUCUAGUCGUGUUGAAGCCGAGGCUCCCACAAAGUCGGAGAUUGGCACUUUGGAGGGUCUCAUCAGAGAUGUCUGGGUUGUCCUAGAUGAGAUGAAGAGCAAAACCAAGGACGGCGAGGAAGAAGAAGAUUCAGAGAAAAUACUCAAAUCCGAUCUGCAAACGGUCGAAGCCAUGAUCUUCGAGGUCAAGACUCAAGUCGACGAGCUUAAACUUCCUGAUGUGGACACUCUCCCCACCAAGACGGAGAUCCAGGAGCUAUCGACACUUGUCUGCGAUUUCCGAGAGCAGAUGGAGAGCAAUAACGAAUUGACCGCCAAAGGUUUCGAUGCCCGCAAGGUCGAGCACGGCGGUCUUGCUGAGAAAAUCGACGAAGCCAAGUUUGUAGUCGGCGAGCUUGGGGACGAACUCAAGAGCAAGCUAGACGGCAGCACCGAAGGCCUGGCCGAGCUUAAACAGCUCCUUGAAGGACUAGCAAUCACCGCAGAGAGCUUCACCACAGUCGACAAUAUCAAGGAGCUCACCGAUCUUAUCAACCGAGAGUUUGAACGUUCUAGGGGCGAGGAAGAUGCAGUCAAGGUCGAAAAGGAGGAGCGUGAUGCCGCUACAAUGGUCAAACACGAUGAGACGCGGGCCGCCAUUAUUGUCGAGCUUGGGACGAAGAUUGACGAAAAAAUUUCAGAAGUCCUGGCUAAGUAUGAAGAUGCGCACACGUCCCUCCACUCGAAAUUCUCAGAAACCGAAGAGAGAGAUCUGGCACACACCGAAUCUUUGACAAGUACAAGAAGCCUUGCUGAGGACAUCAAGCUUGUCAUCGGUGCUAUGGGUGAUAGUGUUAAUGAGACCUGUGAGCGUCUAAGUGUGGACACGAAGACUCUCAUGGAACAAGUCGAUCAGUCCCGCCAGAAAAUGGAGAACUUGCACAACGAUGUGAGAUCGCACCAGGAGCAAUCUCAAGCCGAAAACGAAAGGGCCGCGGCUGCCACUGAUAGAGUGGAGAGCAAGCUCCUUGAAUUCCACCCUCGUAUUCUGGAAUCUGUACAGGAGAUAUUGACAAUCGUCAGCCAGCACUACGAUCACUCCCAGAAGUCAGCUGAGGACUUCAAGUCGGAACUGUCGGCAUUGCCUUCGAAUAUCCCAGCAAUGCUACCUGCGCUGCCUCCCCCUGAAGCAGACCGUACACUCGCCAUAGAGGAUACUCCGCUACACAGCAAGAUCGACGAUCUUUUGGAACAUGUCAAGAAUAACAAGGUCCACGAGGUUUUGAGCACUCUCCUUGAUCACUCAAAGAAUGAUCAACUACACGAGAAGCUUGAUCGUGCUCUAGACCAAGGUUCAGGCUCGAACGAUCAAAUAUAUGAGAAGCUCAAUGAACUUCUUGAUCGCGCGACCAACGGGAGUGGUCCUGUUCAUGAGAAACUGGACGCAUUGCUCAGCCGUCCUAUAAAUCCGCCGGAGUCCGAUCAUUCUGUCACCCAGAUGGCAAAGCUGGAUGAGAUGCACAGGGAUAUCAUGGAAAACUCCCGGAGAAUGAAUGAGAUGUUCGCUGCCCAGUCAGUGCUUGUCGCCGAGGAUACGGAGCGAAAGCGACGCGAAGCUGAGGAGGCUGCGGUCGCCCUUGAACGAAGAGUUUCACAGCGUGAGCAAGUGGAAGCGGAGCUUGUUGGUCUGCAUGAAGAAAAGGAUUCUAUGCUGAAUAUGAUUCAUCGUCUAAGAGCAGAAAAGGAGGACAUGAUCAAGCAAAACAACAAGCUCAGCAAGGAUCUGUCCGGCCUUGAAACGGCCCUAGAGAUACGUCACGAAGAGAUGCGACAGAUGGAGGACCGUGCUGAUGGCCUCGAGAAACGCAUUCUGGAGGGUGUGCUCGACCAUGCUCGUACCGUCCUCCUCGGGCGAUCCAACAGCUCGCAGGCCAUGAACCUGAAGAGGAACCGCAGCACUCGGAGCACCCGUUCCUCGCGCACAGGCGCCCGCAGUCCCAGUGUAGCAAGCACUGCCAGCACUGCAAAAGAACCCAAGGACAGUCGCACUCUGCUUGGCAACGGUGUCGGGAUGGCUUUGAAAAGAAUGCCGACCUCACUCCAUGCUGGCACAGUCGCUGUGCUACCCAACAUCGGAAAGGAACGUCGGAUUCUUAGCUUAAGUCACGUCACAGGCAACCGCGGUGUGGACCGACAGGUGAGCGCUAAAUCUGGCAUCACCAACUUGAAGCGCAGCCACUCCGUCAAAUCGAACUCUCUUCGCAAGACUUCUUGGGCUGGCCCAACUUCUGUUGCCGACAAAGAGAACGAGCCAUUCCACGAAGAGGACGAACUUGCAAGCGGAGCGGAAGAUGGUGGUCAGCAGCGCAAGACUAGUUAUGCGGAGAGUAACACACAUACCGACCGUCGAACGAGCUAUGCAGCAAGCAAUGCAGGCACGGAGCGCAAGACAAGCUACUCUGGCAGCAUCGUUGACAGUGUAGUUACAGAUGCCACGGAUCAGCGUCGUGUUAGCGGAGUGAGCUGCACAAACUCGUACAGUGUGGCGGAGAGCUCAAUCGCUGAGCACGACCACGAGGACCAUCAUGAUGAUAUUUCUAUCGAUGACUCAGAGUCAGAAGACGACGCGCAGACAGCACGGGAUGAUGGAGAGCAUUCUGAGCACCAGGACGAGGAUGAGGGUCAUGAAGUGUCCCGCCAGAUUAGGGAGGCCAACGAAGCCGCAGAAGCCGAAGUCCUUAAGCUGCUGGCUCCCUCUAGCGACAGUGGAGUUGGCACUGAUGUUGCAGUUUGA